UUUAUGAAAUACGAAAUUUAUGAAUUAAAAAAAAUACUAAUAAAAUGAAACAUAAGCAAUUAUUAUUUAAAUUGAGCUAAAGAGUAAAGAUAGGUACAACUUAUAUAGACAUUACAUUUUUUCUCUAAAUAUUCGAAAAAAUACGUUUCCUACGAUACGUAUAGUGUUUAUACAGCAUCACGUUUGCCAUCAAUGUUUUUUUAACGAUUUAAAAUAAUCUGAAUAUAUUUAUAUAAUGUUUUCUAAAUUUUUUUUGAAAAAUGUUUCGUUUUUAUCAAUUCCAACAGCAAGAUACUCUAUGUCAUCUUUUAGUUGUAAGAGUGGUUUGGUAUGUAAGACACCGAAUCUAAUGCUAAAAAUAUCCAAACAACCCGUUCAGUUGAAAAAUCAUAUUUGGUAAUCUAUUUAAAUUAAAAGGAUAGUUUGAUUAAUAAUAUUAACUAUUAUACAAUAUGGUACUUGUGGUGAGACCGUACAAUGAGAGUUACUGUCAGAUAACGAUUUGAGAUACAGAUAAUUAUGAAAGAUUCUUCUACUGGCAUUACAGCGUUAGUUAUACUUCAAACAUUAUUAUAUUAUAAUUUUUCAUGAGAUUUCACAUCACGCCAAAUACUAUUUUAACUCGAUAUAGUGGCCAAACACAUUACCUAUCAAAUGUAGUACGAGACAUGAGUCACAAUCAUAAGUUUUUCUCCUUACAAAUGAAAUAUUUCACGAAAGUUAAUACAUAGUUUUAUGUCAUUACAAUAAUAAUAUAUCCAUUACAAUCAUAAAUAUUAUUGCAAUAUAAUUUUACAGUCAAACGAGUAGGCGUGAGUUUUCGUUGUUACUGACUAUGAUAGGCGGUAUGACUGCACGGCGUUGGUGGUUGGCGCAGACGACUGACACGAAACGGAGGUUUGCAGACGCAGCUCGGGCGUACCGCCAAGCAAUUGGCAUGACGGCAGCCACCGGGCUAGGUUUAAUUGGCAUAUUUUUGUCUCAUUGCAUGGAGUUGGAUCCAUGGACGCACCUCUGGCGUCUGUUCAUUAUCAGCGAUCAGAUAAUCGACGAAAUCGCCGAUCAAGAAGUGUCUAUUAUUCUGAGCUCAAUGGACAAAUGCUGUCUUCUGAGCACAGAACAUUCCAUUUACAAGCGCGUGGCCGGUGUGACGUCCCGGCUGUUGGAAGCCAACUCAAAUGUUAGCGAAAUCCGAAAACGUAAGUGGAGUUUGGUGGUGUUGGACAACCCUAAGCUCAACGCAUUCGUCAUGCCCAAUGGGUUCGUUUUCGUAUCUACCGGGCUGGCGACCAUGGUCAACGAUGAUCAGCUUUCCAUAAUAAUCGGACAUGAGCUGGCGCACUGCAUGCUCCGACACAUGAACAAUUAUAACAGCGUCAUUUUGGCGGUUCGCGUGUUGUGCUUGUUACCGAUAGCCGCAGUCCUUUCGACCACAUUGCCGUUAAGUCAGGCGCUAUUGGCGGUCAUGAUGUGCCAAUUCGUUUUACACGUGGGCGUCAAGCUGACAAAGCAGAGAUCCCAUGAGACUGAGGCCGACCGCGUUGGCUUCGAGCUAGCCGCGAACGCGUGCGUGGACGUCACCCAGGGCUACCAGUUCUGGGAAUCCAUAUCUGUUUUAAACGGGCCGCCUAAGCAGUUCUGGUGGAUGCAAACGCAUCCGACGGACAAGAGCCGGGCACAGCACUUGUAUAACUUGAUACCUGUAGCCAAGAAACUCCAAAAACUGGCCGGUUGCUAAUUAAUUGAAACCUUAAAAUGUUUGUGCAAAUUGUAUUAAAUUGUAUUAAAUUGCAUUUGCCCUUUAUAAAAAAUAUGAUACACGGUAAUUAGAGAAUACGUUACACAUCAAGCUUUCGCCGCUCGAAAUAUAUGUUUUUACGAGUAUGUAUAAAAUGAGCAAUGCUGCAUUUUGCUAUUAUGUAAUUUCUUAGACCCUCCGCACACGGUAAAACUAUUUUGUAAUGAGAAUCUUUAUGAGCAGCGUGAGCGAUUUUUGUGUAAUUUGUAAGUAAUUUAUGUAUUUACUCCGCAUAAAAGUUCGAUAACAUUUUAGUUUUAAGUGAAUUCGAGUUAGGAGAGAACGUUCAUUUUAUAAAAGUUCUUUAGAAAUUAAACUUAAACAAUAUGUUAAAUAAUU